CGACUUAUUUUAACUGAAACGUCGUCGUAUCUUCUGGAUCUUUGUCUUCUCGAUGAAUCCAAGAAACUGUUGGCUUCAACCACCAGUCUUCCACCUCAGCUCGAUCUAGCAUCUUAUCCAGUUUAGAGAGAGAGAGAGAGAGAGAGAGAGAGAGGAGAGAUAGAAACAGAGAGAUGUCGUGCUGCGUUGGUUGCUGCGCUUCUCUGACAUGCGGCCUCUGCUCAACGGUGGCCUCUGGGAUCUCCCAACGCUCAGCUCGAAUCGCUUACUGCGGCAUCUUCGGCAUCUCCUUGAUCGUCUCUUGGAUCCUCAGAGAAUUCGCUGCUCCUCUCUUGGAGAAAAUCCCAUGGAUAAACACUUCAGAAACUCACACAACGGAAUGGUAUCAAAUGGAAGCAGUUCUCCGUAUCAGCUUGGGAAAUUUCUUGUUUUUUGCAAUACUUGCUCUUGUUAUGAUUGGCGUGAAGGAUCAAAAUGACACACGUGAUUCCUGGCAUCAUGGUGGAUGGACUGUUAAGUUUGUCAUCUGGGUGUUGCUCACCCUUGUUAUGUUUUUCAUGCCGAAUGUGGUCAUAACAAUUUAUGGUACUCUAUCGAAGUUUGGUGCAGGUUUAUUUUUAUUGGUCCAAGUAAUCAUAUUAUUAGAUGCCACACACUCGUGGAACGAUGCAUGGGUCGCUAAAGAUGAGCAGAAAUGGUAUUAUGCUCUUCUUGCUGUAUCAGUUACAUGCUAUAUUGCAGCAUUUACAAUCACAGGCAUUCUGUUUAUUUGGUUCAAUCCUUCUGGCUAUGAUUGCGGACUCAAUGUGUUCUUUCUUGUGAUGACCAUGGUUCUUGCCUUAGCAUUUGGCGUUAUUGCAUUGCACCCAGCGGUGAAUGGAAGCCUGUUGCCUGCUUCUGUGAUAUCCGUAUAUUGUGCUUACGUGUGUUAUACGGGUCUGUCUUGUGAACCUCGAAAUUAUGUGUGCAACGGUCUUCACAACAAGUCAGGAGUGUCCACCAGUACCCUUGUUCUCGGGAUGGUGACGACAGUUCUUUCAGUUCUUUACUCUGCCCUCCGUGCUGGAUCUUCUACAACCUUUCUAUCUCCACCUUCUUCACCCAAGUCAGCUGAGAAAAAACCCCUGCUUGAGUCAGAGGAAGUAGAAGAAGGGAAAAAAGGAAAGAACGAAAAAGAGCCGCGGCCAGUUAGUUACUCUUACACAUUCUUCCAUCUUAUAUUUGCUCUGGCUAGCAUGUAUUCAGCCAUGCUUCUUUCCGGAUGGACCAGCUCUUCCGAGAGCUCGGACCUUAUCGAUGUGGGCUGGACAUCGGUUUGGGUCCGUAUCUGCACCGAGUGGGUCACUGCCUUGCUUUAUGUCUGGACCCUCGUGGCUCCAUUGAUCGUUCAAGAUCGCGAGUUCUAUUGAUGAACCAUCCUGAAGUACAUGGGUUUCAUAAGCUGUUGAUAUUCGGCCGUUCAUCUUGCUUCCGGUAAUAGUAGUAAUAUUCAUGUUACAGUAGUGGUGUACGGAGCAGUCAAGAUGAGUUGUAUAACUUAUGGGAAUUUUUUGUGCAUGCAGAGGUGUAUUGUAAAAUGUAAAUAGGGGUUUGAUAGGAUCCAUGAACACUUUCCAUGAAAACAUAUCGGACGGUCUAGAUAUGUUUUCAUGGAAGUGAAUCUGGAACGUCCGAUAUGUUUUCAUAGUUGUCUGCUGUUCUGUUUUUUUUGGCUGUCAUUACAAACUAUUGUUUUGAUGACUGCGUGAAAAAUAAACACAUUCACUGGAGAGGAGCCAGAUACAUAUAAGAAAAA